AUGGCGAGUGGUUCUCUGCAGGCUGCAGUAGUCUCCAUCACUGCAUGGGCCGCCGGUGAUUUUCUCGCGCAGUUCGUGGCCGCCCACCGCGAGGCCGCCCGCCGGCGAUUGGCAUCAGCCUCUUCUUCUUCAUCUUCUCAGGGAGGAAGUGAGGCCCCGCGGGUGCGGCCGACGGCAGCGCAGAUGGCCGCAAUGGUGGACGGGCCACGCAUCGCCGCAGCGGCCCUCUUCGGGGCAUUCGUCGCACUGCCAACACAUCAUUUCCGCCGCGCUGCCCGAAAGUCGCGGGGACCCACCGCCGCUGCCGUUCUGUUUACGCUCUCUUUACAGCAGUUCCUUCUCACUCCACUGACGCUGUUAGCGUACUACAACGCCGCCACCGCACUCCGCGGAGGUUUUGCCGAUCCUGCGUUUCUCAGAGCAUAUGAGACAGAUGUGCAUGCGGGUGGGCGCUAUGAUGCCUUCUCCGUAGAGCGACGUAUUCUUGUAGAUGUGAUGCCAAAUCCACUUAUCGCUUCUUGGGGUGUUUUUGCCCCACUUGCAUUUCUCAACUAUACAUCGGGAAGACCUGUACGUGGCGUGUACGCUGCUUUCUUCCUUAUUCCCUGGACAGCUUAUGUCUCGUACACUCAAUCUACACAACUUCUGUAG